GCCAGUUUGAAUGCUUCUAGAGCAUUCUAAAAUCUCCAAUGUUAACCACCAUACGAAUGAAUUGCGACAAAGCAUCACGAUAGCACACGGACAAGUUAGAUUGAAUUCCGAUAAAUACAGCAUUUUUUAUUAUUUCAUCUCACUCUAGUGAACAUGGAUCAGGUAUCAGCGUUAAAGGACAAAGGAAACGCGGCUUUACAAGAAGGCAAAUACGAGGAUGCAAUAAAAUUUUACACAGAAGCCAUCGCCCUGGACGGUAAAAACCAUGUGUUAUACAGCAAUAGAUCAGCUGCUCAUGCCAAAUCGGGUAAUUACGAGAAGGCUCUCGAGGAUGCGGAGAAAACAGUAUCAUUGAAAAGUGACUGGGCGAAAGGAUACUCUAGAAAAGGUAGUGCACUCGCGUAUCUUGGUCGUCUGAAUGAAUCAAUAGCAGCUUAUGAAACUGGUCUUCAGUUGGAUCCAACCAAUGCUCAGAUUAGAGAAAGUUUGGAGGAAUUAAAAGCUCAAAAAGCAUCAAUGACCGCUAAUCCAUUCGCUUCUCCAGAUGUAUUCGUUAAGUUGCGCAACGAUCCGCGAACGAAGGAAUUUUUGAGUGACCCAGAAUACUUGAAGCUGCUGAGUGAACUCCAAACAAAUCCACGGGCUUUAGGCACUAAGCUGCAAGAUCCUCGUGUCCUCACUACAUUAAGUGUCUUAUUAGGUAUCAAUGGAAUGGGUGAAGAUGAAGGGAUGGAAGUCGAUCCACCUAAACCUGAAGAACCUAAACCAGCUCCUAAACCACAGCCAAAAGAAGACCCUAGUAUACCACCGGAAAAAAGAGAAGCCAUAGCAGAGAAGCAAAAAGGCAACGACGCUUACAAGAAAAAAGACUUUGAAACAGCACUCAGUCAUUAUAAUAAAGCUGUUGAUCUAGAUCCUACUGACAUAACUUACUUGUUAAAUAUCGCGGCUGUUUACUUUGAACAAAAGGAGUAUCAGAAAUGCAUCGAGCAGUGUGAAAAAGCCAUUGACAUUGGUCGAGAAAACCGUGCAGACUUCAAAUUGAUCGCAAAAGCAUUCACAAGAAUCGGACAUUCCUAUGAAAAGAUGAGCAACUGGAAGCAGGCUAAAGUUUACUAUGAAAAGUCCAUGUCAGAGCACCGAACACCUGAAAUUAAAACUAUUUUAUCUAAAUUGGAACAAAAGAUUAAAGAAGAAGAGAGAAAAGCUUAUAUAGAUCCAGUAAAAGCUGAAGAAGAAAAAGAACUGGGUAAUCAGAAAUUCAAAGAUGGUGAUUAUGCAGCAGCUGUAAAACACUAUUCAGAAGCUAUUUUACGUAAUCCGGAUGACGCUAAGUACUACAGCAAUCGUGCAGCAUGUUAUACAAAACUUGGAGCCUUUGACUUAGGUCUUAAAGAUUGCGAAAAAUGUGUUGAAUUAGAUCCCAAGUUUGUCAAAGGAUGGGUACGAAAAGGAAAAAUCCUUCAAGGUAUGCAGCAACACAGAAAAGCUGUUAAGGCUUACCAAACUGCACUUUCAUUAGACCCUUACAACGCUGAAGCUUCCGAAGGAUAUCGCAGUUGUUCAGUUUACUUUGAUUCAAACCCAGAAGAAGUUAGAAAGCGAGCUAUGGCUGAUCCAGAAGUUCAGAACAUCUUGAGAGAUCCAGCAAUGCGAUUAAUUUUGGAACAAAUGCAAAAUGAUCCUAAGGCUUUACAAGAUCAUUUAAAGAACCCCGCAAUCGCUGAGAAGCUGCAGAAACUGCUGGAGUCAGGACUGGUCGCUAUUCACUAAUAGAAGAGGACCUCAUUAACUUGGUUGGAGAUCGUCAAAGAAUGUCUAUAUAUAAGCUUAGAUAAAAUCAAUCGCAAAAAAGUUAAUUAUAAGUUUGAAAGGGCAAAAAGUUCUCUCAGCUUUUAUUCUAUUAAUUUGUAUUUUAAAAGAGAAAACAAUAUACAUAAAACAUAUGUCAUACGGUUAUUAAUAAUAGUUAUUACAAUGGCAUUGCAAACCAUCCUACAGUGCCUCAAAUUAUAAAAUAACACCAAACCGCAGCCAUUUAAUAAUCAUAUGUAAAUUAUUCAUCGACCAAAUUGUAAUCUCGCUUUGCACUUACAAGUUGACUGAUUUUUUAUUUGGGGCAUUCGUGACGAUUAUGUUGCUAUUGUUGAUAUAUAUAUUUUUUUUUUCUACACCUCUUUUAUAAUAUCAUUCGUAAAACGUAAUAAACAAUGACAAAUGAUGUAAAAUUCAGUAUCCGUAAUUAAACUAAAAUUGAUUAAAUAAUUAA